AUGUCGGAUGCGGAGGGCUCAGCGCCGCGGCGCUCGCAGCGAGAACGGAAGAUCGUUGAGAAAUAUGGAUCGCAGGACGCUAAGCGUAAACGGGACGAUACCGAUACGGAAGGGGAGAUUGCGGGGGGAGUGUCAGGUCCGGAGGAGGAGCAGGAGGAGGAGCAGGAUGACGGCGAGGAGGAACGCGCCCCCAAACCAAAGCGCAAGUCUGCCGCAGCGCCCGGGAGGAAGGGGAAAGCCAAAGCUGGUACAGGACCUCCCCCGACCAAGAAACACCGUGUGGCAAAAGCAACUGGCACGAAGGAGACCAAAGGCCCGACAAGAAGAGGAAGAAAAGCAGGGGUUAAUGGAGUGUUCGACGCCGAUAAAUUAGCGGAAGAGACUAAGAUCUCAGCCGACAAUUCGCUAUUCAAUGCUAUCCUAAACCCCUCUGCCGCCUUACAAUCCACCGUCGAAGACUUUCUCGAAUCCUUGUCUCAGUCACCUGCUCUUGCCCAAGCUGAACUGAUCAAUUGUAUUUUCCGAGCGUGCGGGUGCAAUGACUCGGUUGACUCGGACCAAGUGAUGGACUACGACGGAGUGGUCGACGCACUCGAUGAUUUCACAGAAGGCUUAAAGAAGGAUGAUACCCACGUAUACCCCCUCACCUCGCGGCUCCCCAUUUUCAAGCGCUUCCGCGCUUCCUUGUCCGAGUUCAUCGACCGCCUCGUCACCUCCGCCGCCGAGCUGCGCCUACUCUACACCACGGACCUCAUGUCGACGCUGCAGACGUGGGUGAUCGCGAUGUCCUCGUCGCAGCUGCGCAGCUUCCGGCACACGGCGACGGUGAUCGCGCUCGAGAUGGAGACGGCGCUGUGCGACGUCGCGGCGAAGGUCGAAAAGGAGGCGGAGGUCGUCGGGCGGCAGAAGGAGGGCGAGCGGAAACGCAAGGCGGCGGGGAGCAAGGGGGGACGCGAGAAGGAGUUGGACGCGAAGGCGAAGGAGAUUAGGGAGCGGCGGUCGAGGGUGGCGGAGUUCUUGAAGGAGUUCGUGGACGGCGUAUUCGUUCAUCGGUACCGCGACCUGGACCCCACCAUCCGCGCCGAGUGCGUGCGCGCGAUGGGCCAAUGGUUCAAGAAAUACCCCUCGCACUUUCUCGACGGGUCCUACCUGCGCUACGUCGGCUGGGUGCUCUCGGACACGACCACCGCCGUCCGGCUCGAGGCUGUGCGCGCUCUGGUCGGCGCGUACGAGAACGCGGACUACAUCGGGUCAAUGCACCACUUCACCGACCGAUUCAAGCCGCGGCUCGUGGAGAUGGCCACGGGGGACACGGAGCUGGCUGUCAGAGUGGCUGUGGUGCAGGUGCUGCAGGCGAUCGACGGGCACGCGCUGCUGGAAGACGAGCAGCGCGAGGAGCUGUGCCUACUCGUGUAUGACGAGGAGGCGAAGGUGCGCAAGGCUGUGAGCGGGUUCGUCGGGGGCGUGUGGCGCGAGGCGGUGGAGGAGCGGCUUGUCGGGCGGAGCAAGGUGAGCCAGGGCGAGAGGGACAAGGCGGGGAUCAAGGCUCUCGCUGCGCUGCUUGUGAAGUGGGGGAGGGCGCUGGACAAGCGGGCGCACGGUUCCGGGCGCGAGGAGGAUGAGGAUGGAGAGCGGAGCGUCAACUCUGGCGAAGGAGGGUCGAAGACUCCGAGGUUGAAGGAGAUAGCUUCGCUGCUCAGUGCUCAGCAGAAGGGCCGCACUGCGCUUGCCGUAGAGGCUCUUUGGGACGAGAUCGACUCGGUGAGGGAUUGGGAGACCUUGCUUGACGUCUUGUUGCUUGAUCAUUCCGCAACGGAGGCACGCCCACCGGACAGCCGAGGAAGGAGAAAUAAGGGGAGUGAAGGUUUGGAGGAGACAGUAGUCGACGAGACCUGGCGAUUGGAGGAAGUCGAGGAAGGUGUUCUGCUCGAGGUUCUAGUAGCGGCAAUCCGCAAAACGAAAGCGGAUGCUAUCGGAUCGAAGAAGGGUGAAGAGGAAAUAGUCGUGUCAGACAUCACCCGUGCCCUCAUCAAAGCGUUACCUCGCCUCUUCGUCAAGCAUCAAACGGAUGAGAAACGUAUAGGCGAAGUGCUAAUCAUACCGCAGCUCAUGAACCUGGACAUGUACUUAGAAAUGCGAAUGAUUGCAGCUUAUUCCAGCCUAUGGGACGACGUGACGAAACAGUUCCUGUCGCACUCGUCUCCUACGGUUCUCUCGCCUGCCGUGGCGACGAUUCGCCACCUUCUUGACGGGACGAGUCUUUCAAAUACCAACAAUACCAAGGUGCUUGAAUUGGAGGAUGAACUGUCUUCAUCAUUACGCGAAAUAGUUGGAGGUCGUGAAGAGCUCGAAGUUGCCUCCUUCAGCGAGGAUGAAGUCCUAUCUCUUGCUGCGACUUGCUCUCGCCUAGCUUCCUUUGCAGGCAUGCGCAAUAUGACAGCAUGGAUGGAGGAGGACGAGAGUGGGAAGCAGAGUAGUGCUUGGGACAUUAUCAAUGCCCUGGUGGAUCGAGGAAGACUGGGCUAUAAAGAAGAGGAAGCGAUGAUCGAGCAGGCCAUCCAAAUCCUUACCUUGCACAUUGUCUGGAAAGCAAAAGGAUUGACCGCAGCCUCUGAACCUUCAGAUGAAGAGUUGAGAUACCGUGAAAGCGUCCGGGAGCAGCGCAAUUCUCUUCUUGAAAAGCUCCUUGAGUACGCUGUCGGUACCCAAUCCAACACGAUGGAGGGGGUCAAGCGAGCUGCGUUCCAAAAUUUGAUGAAUCUCCAUAUUCUUUUCUGUCCAGUCCAGACCGUCGCACCUGAUGGAACAGCUUUACCCACAGCUUCGUUAUCCUUGUCCCUGGAUGAUGAAGCACAGUACCGAUGCACGGGAUUUGUGCAAGCAGAGAUCGAACGAUAUUCUGAAGAAGUUAUCGGGUCAGCCCCCUUCGGGGAUGAACAAGGGGAUGCUGAAGACUCUGAACCAUCGGAUGACGAAGAUAAGGACGAGCCGAAUAAAGGCAAAGCCAAACCUGGGAAAAGCAACAAGAAUGGCAGACAAGAGCCCAGACCGACGUCCAGAUCUCAGUUGGAGCGCGAAUAUCUUUUCAUCGGUGUCAUCACAACUUUCCUCCGCGCAAUCCGUACCGGCGCUAUCCAUGCCCAUCACAGCAGUGUUAUGCUCGCGCAUUACGGUCGCCUCGGCCCAUCGUUCGACGUGUGCUGCAAAGUCAUCGUUGACAUUGUUCGCGAGGAGGGCCUCUUUAACGGCAACGGGCAAUUAAUAGUAGAUAUAGUGACUCGUGCUAUCCAAGAAUCGUUCAGCUUGCUUCUAGAUGGUGUAGAUCAUAAUGCAGACCACUCCGUAGCCCUCGCCAAACUGCUUUCUUCAUGCUUUGUCAUGAGGGGUGCGCAGCUUGCCAUCGUUCGUCGACUCGAUAUCCAGUUUGUCAUUGAUGUACACCUGUCCUGUUUAACCUGGAUCGGGAAACGACUAGCUGCAUACGAGAAUAACGGGAACAAGAAGGGUCGAAACAUGGCCCUGCUUUUCUUCAAAGUCUUGACUCCUCUCCUUAGCCCCAUGGAUAGUAGGAAUGCCCUGCGAAUAAAGGCGCAUAUGGAACAAAUCCUUGCACAAGCUAAGGUGCAGCCUUCCCCAACCGCGAAGCCAUGGGAGCCGCACCGACUCUACGAGAAGCGUCUUGGCACGUCCGCUUCCAAAGACAAAGCAUCAGGGAAGCCAAGGAGAAAGAAGGCCGGCAAGAGCAAUGAAUUGGUUAGCACUGAUGACGAAGAGCAUGAGGUGGAAGGUUUGGUCGAGGAGACGAACACAGUGGAUGCUCGACCUCGACCUCGACCCCGUCGGGUGACACGGGCAACAGGCGCCGAGUUGAGUGCCCAGGAAUCAGAGUUAUCUGAACCUGCAUCCGAAAACGAAGACCCUGAUGUCCAUACACCCAAAGCCCGGUCUAAACGCAAGCCUGAGACGGAGCCGCUUGCCGAGGAAUCUCGGGACUUCCAUUCGCCUGAACUCCCCCAUCUAACGAACGGCCACACGACGCCUAAGCAAUCGCGGAAACGAGGACGCUCAGAAGACGCUGGGGAGUUGAGCUCGGGAUUGAGCUCAGCUUUGGAAUCUGAAGAUGGCCGAGACUUGUCAGCGCCAUCGCAGCCUGUCAUUGAGGGCGAGAUACAGAUCAAGCGGAAAAGGGUUCGCCAUUGAAGUAUUUAUUCGCUCAUAUUUUGGUAGUGUAGCUGUUGCCUGGUAUGUACGACGUAUCUGUGCCGAUGCUGUAUUUGCUAGUAUGUUAUACUAAUGCUCAUAAUGACCCUCAGUCCCUGCUAAGUGAUAAUGACAGAUGCGAAACGAUUGAAUGGUAACGAGUGACUUGGUAUGACACAAUAUGAAAACAAGGCCUUUGAAUAAAUAAGCGCGUUUCGCAAUAAAUAAGGUUGUCGUCCCUCUGGCAGAGGUAGCUACCAGGCAGGGUCAUAACUCAUGGCGUCGUAGAUCUUGCCGAGAUCAUCAACAUUCGCGGGCAGGGAAGCUCUACGUGGCCUAGGAGACAACGGGGGUGAUGUCGAUCUUGCAGCGUCUUCUAAGCUUGCAAUGGACAUCGGUCUAGAAGCUCGUCCAUCUGGACCUAAGUCGUUGACUGCAAUUCCCAACAUAUCACACAAUUGAGCCUCCACCAUAUCCCUCGUGGCUGACAACGCAGUUCCACCAGAUGAAACACCCAUUGAAGCGCGGCU